UCCAUUUCCAUUUCUAUAAUAUAGUUUUUGUCUGUAUUGCUGUAAAUUCCAAAGCCACGGCCGGCUGAUUUUGGCUGAUAAAAACAAGUUUUCUUGUUUCUAGGGCCGAUACGACAUUCCAAAUUGCCGUCCGAGAUGCGCAACAGAAUGUUAAUCUUUGCAAUGCCUGGUAAAAUUUUGCGGCAGAGCUAGGGGAAACAGAAUGUCAAGUGCAGAGAAAUGGUGGACGAAGGAGACUGUGGUGCUGGUGACGGGGGCAAACAAAGGAAUAGGGUUCGAGGUUGCUCGGCAGCUUUGCGAAAAAGGACUCACUGUAAUUCUGACUGCUCGUAAUGAGGAACGUGGAAGAGCUGCUUUACAAUCUUUGAAGGCUCAGGGAUUUCAACACAAUUUGGAAUUCUUCCCAUUCGAUGUGACUUCAGAGGAGAGUGCGUGUCGUUUGGUAGAGUGGAUUAAGCACACCCAUGGAAAACUGGAUAUCCUGAUUAACAAUGCUGCUCUAAAUGGUACUAAGAUUGAUAUGGACUACUUGAAGGCUCAUCAAAUAUCUCUUUAUGAGGCAAUGAUUAAUGAUUCUAUAACAGAGGCUUUCACUGUGGACUAUGAGACAGCCAAAGAAUGCAUUGAAACAAACUACUUUGGUGUUAAGAGGAGCAUACAAACUUUGCUUCCUUUGCUUCCACCACAAUCAAGAAUUGUUAAUGUCUCCUCCACCUAUGGUGCUCUUGAGAAACUGAAGGAUGCUGCUUUGAGGGAGAAACUUUCUAGAAUUGAAGCUUUAACAGAAGAAUUUAUUGAUGAUUUGGUAUAUAGAUUUCUUGAAGAUGUUAAGAAUGGAAGUCAUCCCAACAGUAACAGUAUAUGGCCUGAAAAACAUGCAACUUACAGGGUUUCUAAAAUAGCAUUGAAUGCAUAUUCUAGGCUUUUGGCACAGAAGCUUGCUCCCACAGAUGAGAAGAAGAUUAUAUAUGUGAACUGUGUGCACCCAGGGUUUAUUAAGACAGAUCUUAUAUUUAAUGAAGCAGGGGCAUCUCCUGUGGUGGGGGCUUCAAAUAUCUUGAGGGUAGCCUUGCUUACUCCUCCUCAGCUUCCAACUGGACAAAUCUUCAUGGAAGGAGAGCUUGGGGAUUUCAUUACAGAGUGGCUUCCUGAUCUCCCAAAAUAUAUCAUAAAAUCAGAACUUCAUUUUUAUUUUUGUUGCAACACCACAAUAAAAUAUAUAAAUUAAGUAUAUUAUACUGAUAUAUAUCUUUGUUUUCUUUUUCACAUUUUGAUAUAUAUUUGGAUGCCA